AUGUUAACUACAUCACCUCAUGUCAAAUCAGAUAAACCAUAUCAACAAAGUCCUUAAUAUAAGAAACCCCACCCUUAUAAUCCUGAGGCCAGCAUAUCUCUUAAAAACUCUAUCAACCUGAAAGAUUUCUAAUUCAACGAGGAAUUGGAGUACUACAAGAACAGAUCAGCGGAUCUUGAAUAAUACGCAAGACAACUGAAAAAUGAAUUGGACACUACCAUAAUUCGAAUGAGUAAGUAGGGAGCUUUGGAUGAGAAGGCAGAGUUAAUGAUACAUCAGAAUUAGAUGCUGAGUUAAGAUAUUGACAAGUUAUAAAAGAAUUUUGCUUAAAAGAAGACUGAGUGUGAAUUAUGGAAAUCCAAAUACGAAUAACAACUGAAUAGUGCUGUUCAAUUAAAGGCUUAGUAUGAAUUGGAUUUACGAAAGCUUAGCAAUGAAUUAAAGUUGUUAGAGGAAAGAAAUGCUAUACUCGAGAAGGAAAGAUCACAUGAAGUUGAGGCUACAAAAACCAACUUCUCAAUUUAAAAUGAAUAAUAAAGACAUAGUUAUCUCACUUAAAUCGAUUUACUUGAAAAUCAAUUAAGAAAACUUAGAGAGUAUGCUGAUAUCAGGGAUAAGGAGAUCUAUGAAUUAGAAAAUAAAUUAACCAAAGUUUUGUAAGAUAGAGAAUAUGUGGAGACUAAAUUGCUUAAAGAUAAUGACUUAUAUAGAACCAAAUUAUAAGAACAAGAGAGGGACAACUAAAUUGAAAUGAAUAAUCUAAGAUAAAAAUUGGAUAUCCUAAAUUAAGGAUAAUUGGACAAUAUAAAAAAUCAAUAUAUGGCCUAGGCUGAAAUUUUGGAUGAUGAAAUUGAAAAAUUGAAAGGUCUUUUAGGGAUUAAGAAUGAAGAAAUUAAGACUCUCAUAGAUUAGAAUGAAAGAUUGAGAGCUAAUUACGAAAAAGAAAUAGAAACUAUAUCUCUACAAUUCAAUGUUCUAAAAGAAAAAAUGUUUGAAAACGAGCAAAGAUUCCAAGAAGAAUCUCAACAAAUGGAAAAUAACUUAAGAAGCUAACAUGAAAUUGGCGUAGACACCUUAAAAUCUCAUCAUGAGAAUUCUAAUCAAAUUCUUGAGAAUCAAAUUGCUCAUUUAAAAGGGCAAGUCUUAGAAUAAACCAAAUAAUUAGAGGAGUUGCAGAAAAUCAGAUAAUAAUUACUCUAAGCUAAUAUAUAGGAUCAAGAAAAUGCCUAAAAUAUUAUCAACAAUUUAAAGAAAGAGAUUUUAGAGUAAUAAAGUCGAUAUCAAGAUUAGAUUUUAUAAAACUAUAAUGAUUAUGAACUAUAAAAGAAAGAAUUAUUGAACUUUAAUCAAUAAUAAUAGGAAUUUAAUUAAUAGUUAUAACAAUUAUUGAAACUAAAAGAAUAACAAUAUGAAACCACACUUGUGUAAUUCAAGAAUAUGAAUGAUCAAUUAAUUGUACUAAUUUAUUAAUAUGCUUAGAAUAAACUAAAUGACUUAUAUAGAGACAAUGAACAAAUCAAAGCUAAAUUCAAAGUCACUGUAUCUGAACAAGAAGAUUUAUUAAAUAGAUAAUUGAAAUAAAUUAAACAACAAGAACAGAAAAUUUAGUAAUUGUCUUCCACGUCAUAAAGGGAUAAAUAAAAUUCUGAAAGAUAAAUUACUAAUCUGUAGAAUUAAAAUCGAUAAAAAGAGCAACAGAUAGGUGAAUUAAAAGCCUAACUGAAGGCAGCUGAAGAAAACUGUGAAAAAAUCGAUAAUGAAUUAUAAGAGACAAAAAAUACACUCUAAAGUUAAUUCGAAGAAUAAAAAUAUAAUUUUGAAUAAGAAAUGGAGUCAAUUUAAACUUAAAAAGAUGAAGAUCUAGUGAGUACAAAGAAAAUCUUCGAAGAAAAAGAAAACUCAUUAAAUCAGGAACUUAUUAAAUUAAAGAGUAAUUUAUCAACUUAGUAAACACUCAACUAAGAAUUGAAUUAAAAAUUAGAUUAAUUUGGUUAAUAGAUUUAAAAUGUUGUAAACAAUUCGGAUGUUAUUAAACAAUACGAAGUUUUAUCAGAAAUCAAUCUAGUAAACAGAUUAAGAAAUUGA